CUCGAACAUUAUUAUUGCAGUCAGCGUCCACGUCGGAGCACAGUGUCGCUACAGCCACAAUUGUCACCACCAUGCCGCACGCCACGCUGCCCUCGCCGGGCUUCCAGGCCCUGAUCCUGUGCGGGCCGGGCGCGUCCUUCAGCACCUUCACAUCAACACCCCGCGACAUCCCCAAGGCGCUGCUGCCCAUUGCCAACCGGCCCAUGGUGUGGUACCCGCUGGAGUGGUGCUACCGCAUGGGCGUGACCGACAUCACAAUCAUCACGCCCCCCGAGUCGCUCGACGCCAUCGAGGCCGCCAUGUCGCAGAACCCCCACCUCACGUCGCUGCCCGCCCCGCGCCCGGAGGUCCUCGCGCCGCGCGACCUCACCCACGAGACGGGCACCGGCGACCUGUUCCGCCUGCCCGAGGUGCAGGCCGCCGUCAAGGGCGACUUCAUCGUGCUGCCGUGCGACCUGGUGUGCGAGCUGGACGGCACCGCGCUGGCCGACGCCUGGAUGGUCGAGCAGGCCGGCUUCCCGGGCGCCGUCGCCGGCGAGCAGGCCAGCGGCAAGACGGCCUUUGGCGCUGGCGGCGAGCGCGUCGGCCGCAGAGGCGGGCUCGGCGUGUGGUACCAGACCAAGGGCGAGGGCAGCCGCAAGGGCGACGAGACCGACUUCAUCGCCACCACGCCGCUCCCCACGCCCAUCGUGCCCGCCCCCGUCGGCUCCAUCCGCCGCGACAUGGCCAACCUCGUCUACUCGGUGCCCACCGACACCCUCAACGACAUCACCGACGCCCACAAGGCCCUCCCCAUCCGCCACUCGCUCAUCCGCAAGCACGCCCGCGUGCGCAUGCUCACCACCCACCGCGACGCCCACAUCUACUUCUUCCCCUACUGGGUCGCCGAGCUGAUCCGCCGCAACCCAACCUUCGAGAACGUCAGCGAGGAGGUGCUGGGCUGGUGGGCCAAGGCCGGCUGGCAGACGGGGCUGGCCGACAAGCUGGGCCUGCGCGACAUCCUGCAGGGCAGCGACGACGCCGCGUCCGAGGGCUCGCAGCUGGCCGACGAAGACAUCGACGUGUCGCGGUACAGCAGCACCUACGCCGGCGCCCCCGUCGCGGCCCGCGCCCCCACCACCCUCGCCUCGCGCGUCUCCUCCGCCACGGCCCCGACCCUCGCCGCCCCCGCGCCCCUCCCCGUCCCGCCCCUCCUCGCCUACGUCCAGCCCCCCGCCCCCCACGCCCCGCUGAUCCGCCGCGUCGACACCGCCCCGCUCCUCCUCGCGACCUCCCUGCGCCUCGCAAAACUCACCCCCGAGGACUCAUCGCCCUACGCACACACCCACCGCAUCGCGCCCUCGACCGCCGCCUCGCUCCCGCAGCGCUGCCGCAUCGACCCGACCUCACUACUCGCCGACAACGUCAGCGUCGCCGAGAAAACGAAUAUCAAAGAAUGCGUCGUCGGCGCCGGGUGCCGCAUCGGCGAGGGCGCGCGACUCCUGCGGUGCUUGCUGAUGGAGGGCGUGGAGAUCGCGGAUGGUGUUCAAGUUACUGAUUGUGUGCUGGGGCGGCGGUGUCGCGUGGGUAAAGGGGCGGUGCUGAAUGCGUGUGAGGUCCAGGACGGGCAGGUUGUGGAUGAGGGCACGGAGGGGAGGGGCGAGAAGUUUAUGCGGUUUAGUGUUGGGGAGGGGUUUGGGGGGGAGGAGGAGGGGGAGGCUUCGUCUCCGCAACGCCUUCAGUCCCCGCAGUAUCAGCCACGCGAAACCAUGCACUGCUCAGAGAAUGCAGAGACCGAGACAGGAGAGCCGUUGUGCACUGCCUGGCCACUCCCGCCGUCCCCGGCCCUCCCACGCCGCGCCUCCCGCACAGCCCACACCCCAAUCUCAAGCCGUCAUUACGCAUUCCAUCGCAUCGACGACCCUCACGCCCCCCGUCCCCCGCUCAACCGCACCCCGCUGCUCCUCACCCGCCUCCAGCGCCCGCUUUUCAAUUGCCUCAACAGCGUCGACCACCCCUCCCGCUCCUCCCCCAGCGAGACGAAUGGCUCCAGCCUCGUGCAGCGCACACAGCGCAUUCGUGACCCACACCCGGCACGAAAACAUCUCCCCCGUGCGCACAGACGGCUGAUCGCUGCCAUCCACACCCCCCAGCGUCUCCUCCAGCAGCACUCUCUUCUCGUCCGCGACCGUGCACAAUUUCAGCGCGACGCACAGCCCGAUUGAAAUAGAGAGGUCUUCGGGCCGGGAUUCGACGUGCCAGCUGCCCGUGCGGUUGGUGGCGUGGUGCUGGGUGCCUGUCGUGGCGGUGGUGGGCAGGAAGAGCGACCAGUGGAAGCCCGGGAGCGCGCCGCGCAGGUGGAGGAGGAUGUAGAGGGCGAUCGCGUCUAGGGUUGGGGGUGGCAUGUUU